CCUGUUCUCCUCUUCCUCCCCUCCUUGUCCACUUGAAAAUUCAAAUUCGAAAAGUCACAAGAGUUCAAGGUCAAAAAACAAGUUCAACAGGUUGAUUUAAUCAAAUAAUAUUACCUACUUGCUUGGUGUAAUUCCACUUGUUGUGUAAAGAGUUAUUUAAUAAUUAUGUCUCCCAUAAAGUUGUACCACUUCCCAGUGAGCGGCCCAUCGCGGGGCGCACUAUUGGCUGUUAGAGCGAUUGGCGUACCGGUAGAGAUCAAGAUUGUCGAUUUAUUCAAAAAGGAGCAAUUACAAGACAAUUUCUUGAAAAUAAACCCUCAACAUUGUGUCCCUACUCUCGACGACGGCGGGUUUGUGAUAUGGGAAAGCCGUGCUAUAGCUUGCUAUUUGGCUGAUAAGUAUGGGAAAGAUGAUCAGCUAUAUCCCAAGGAUUUAAAGAAGCGGGCGGUAGUCGACCAGCGCCUAUUCUUUGAUGCCUCAUCAUUGUAUGUGAAGAUUAGAGCUAUCUGUUUUCCGAUUCUGUUCCUUGGUGAGACUGAGAUCAAGCAAUCACAGAAGGAUGACCUGAACAACACUCUGGGAUUUCUAGAUCAAUUCCUGAGCCAGAGUAAAUGGGUGGCCGGUGACAACUUCACCAUUGCUGACACAUCCAUCUACUCUUCACUAUCUAGCAUUCUUGCUGUAGGCUGGGAUAUUUCAGCCUUCACAAAUAUUCAGCGCUGGGUGAAAGACUGUGCCACUCUACCAGGCUACGAAGAAAACGAAGAAGGAGCCAAGAAGUUUGGAGAAGCAGUGAAGAAGAACCUUAAGUCAUAAUUAAUUCAAACACCAGUGCUGUUACAAAUAUAACAUUUUUAUUUUUAUACUCAAGUUAAACUUAUAAAUAUGAUAAAAGUUGCCUUAAUACAACAAACUCUCA